AUGCUCAUUCGUGUCCGAUCAAAAGAUGGCACAUUUCGCUUCAACCUGGAACCUACCACCACAGUCAAUGAGCUCGCACACAAGAUUCUUGAGACGACCGUAAAUGCGGACGAAACUACGCUUGCGAUCUCGAACCAGCCCAGAGGUGGCGAAACCGUCCUCGCGACCUUGAUCGGCAGAAAUAUGCAAGAACUUGGGUUAAAGCAUGGGGACAUUAUCUUCGUCACGUACCAGUCACUACCGGAUGCGGGCCCGUCAGAACCUGCUGUCGUACCCUCUCCACCAAGUACAUCCUCUGCCGCUGCGCCUACUUCACAUGCGCCGCGUCCUUGGGAGCUCGCGAACGAAGAUGCCGUCGACGUAGCGUUGCGUAGAGUUGACGGCAAGAUUCCUCGGGGUCGUGAUCCGCUAUUCUGCAAACACGGUUCGAACGCUAUGUGCGAUAACUGCAUGCCGCUUGAGCCUUACGACGCCAAGUAUCACGACGAACACCAGAUCAAGCACCUCUCCUACCACGCAUACGUCCGCAAGCUCACUCCCAAGACCGCUUCAACAGCCGCAGCAGCACUCCCACCUCUAUCCGAGCCCGAUUACCGCGUCAAAGUGCCUUGUCCGUCCGGUCAUCCGAGCUGGCCUGCUGGGAUCUGUACCGCAUGUCAACCCAGCGCCAUCACGCUGCAGAGCCAGCCCUUCCGCAUGGUCGACCACGUCGAGAUUGAAUCGCACGAGAUCAUAGAUCGCUUCCUCGGCGCGUGGAGACGGACGGGUGUACAGCGCUUCGGAUGGCUUCUCGGCCGAUAUGAGCCGUAUGACAAGGUGCCACUCGGAGUUAAGGCCGUCGUCGAAGCUAUCCACGAACCGCCGCAAGAGGGAGAACUGGAUGGCUUGACACUUGGGGUGCCAUGGGAGGACGAAGCGCGCGUGCGCGCAUUGGCGGCCGCUGCAAAUCCGCCGUUGACGGUGGUCGGAUACGUGUUCACGGAUCUGGACCCAGAACCAGAGGACCGCACGAAGCUCGUAUACAAACGGCAUCCUGGGAGCUUCUUCCUGUCAUCACUAGAGGUGCUAUUCGCCGCGCAGAUCCAGGGCUCAAACCCCGUACCAAGUCGUGCCAGCGAUACCGGCAAGUUCGGCUCGCGCAUGGUCACAGUCGUUCUUUCUGGAGACGAGAGCGGUGGCGUGGGAGUGAACGCGUACCAAGUCUCGGAGCAGGCUGUUGGGAUGUUGCAGGCGGAUAUGAUCGAGGCGAGCGUGGACCCAAACAUCAUGCGGGUGAAGAAGGAGAGUAGGGAGAGCGGAGAUGCGCGAUACGUGCCGGAUGUCUUCUUCCGCUUCCGUAACGAGUACGGGAUUGAGGUUAAAAAGAGCGCAAAGCCCGCGUUCCCGGUCGAGUAUCUGCUCGUUAACGUAACGAACGGCUUCCCGCAAAGUCCUGCACCUCAGUUCUGCUCCCAGAGCUUCCCUAUCGAGAACCGUCCCGGGCUCGAAGACCAGUCCAUCGAACGCGUGCUGCAAGAGCUGAACAAGCUCGGCGCGCCGGAUCUCAACAGCAGUAAGAACGAGUCCAACCCUCUACGACGCAUGGAGAUCGCCAAAUGGCUCAGCGACUGGCAUCUACUGGCGUUCCUUGGCUCAUGCGGACUCGUGAGCGAGGCGGACAUGCACGUCUUCGUGAGGGUCGGGAGCGCGCCGAGUCUGGAUGAUCCUACGGUGCUGGACCCGUUGCUCAUGACGGAUAGCUGGCAGACACUCGUAACGUUUGCGAGGGAGCAUGCGCCGCCACCGCAAACUAUAGGGGGUUCUAAUAUAGACGAUGAUAUACCGCCAGAGUUGCUCGACCAGAUCAAUGCUGCCGACAAUCAGGGAGCAGGUGGUGGUGGGAGCGCCGGAGGAGCACGUAUCUGUCCGCACUGUACGUACGAGAACUACCAUGGUGGGUCGGACUGUGAGGUGUGCGGCCUACCUCUAUGA